GGCUGUCGAACGCAUGAUAGGGUAUCGUGUCUCGAGUUGGGCUUCAGAUCUAUAGGGUGACUCAUGCGCCUGCUGAUGUUAUUGAGUCAACUUUAAUUACGUAGUAACGGGUGUAGCAAGUAAGAUUCAGCAGUCCAGAGUCACCAAGAGUCACAUUCAUCUAGAGUCAUGUUUAAGGAGUGUGUAUAAUAUGAAGCAAGUACUAAUAGUAGUCGUGAUCCCUUCUUGGAGUAGAGGCCUUCGUCUGAAAACAAAGGAAGAAGCCCUGAGGUUCGCAAGAAACGACACGAGAGAUCCGCAGCUAAGAGAUGACCAGACCACGAGUCAAUCCCCGAAGAGAGACAUCAGAACGGCCGGUGAAAGGAAGAACAGAGAAGGCGAGAUCAUUCCGAACCCCAUACAAGACGCGACAAGCACGCCAAAUAGAAGGGAGAAGAGACCCACAGGACUAACAUAAGGAAAUCAUAACUUUUCGGGAACAUGACCGAGGCCAAAAAGGAGC